AUGUCUGACAAAUAUCCUGAUCCACCGUCUCCAGCCGCUGGUAUCAUCCAUUUGAUUACCAACCUCCGUCCAGGGCCUCCCGAUAGAGGCACCGGUAUUGUCAACCAUAUUGGCUUGGCUUACGGUCUUUUAGGAGACACUGUUCCCCCUACACUUGUGGAGUAUGCCGUUGGCAUUCAAAACAACUUGUUCGGGAACUAUCCUACCAAAAAAGAUGUCGCUCCCAGUAUAUUGUUUGCUGUGAUAUUUGGCCUCAUCUUUUUUGUUCACCUAGGAAUAUUCAUCGUCAAUUGCCUGCGGGGACAUUACUUCUGGAUAUCGUUGGCGUGGAUCUUCUACUCGAUGUUGAAAACUUGUGGGUGGGCGCUUCGAGCACAAUGGGGGCAGAAUAUCGUCAAGCUUAAUGGAGGGUUGGCACUGGAGUUUCUACUUAUCAUUGGGUUUCUCAUCAUAGCCUCGUUCAAUUUGAUGCUAGCGCAACGGUUAUUCACCUGGCGGCACCCUGUGGGUGGGUCCCGUAAAUUAUUCUGGGGUUUUAUGAUUGGUACGUAUUUUGUCGUCAUCGUCAUUCUCGUGGUGGCGUUGGUGGCCUCGUUUGUGCCCUAUCUUAAUUUCUUGCUGACGUCGACGUAUGAAGCUUACCAAUGGGUGGUAAAAGUCACUGGUAUCUUCAUGGUUUUGUACCCCUUGUUGACAGUGGCGUUGUUAAUCUUGCUGUACUGGGCGCCCACCUCUAAUGAUGAGCUGUUAUACACUUACCAGCCGUGGUGGAUUGAGUCGUUUGCGCCCACUUAUUUCGUUCGUAAGGGAGCGGCCCAGGAGGCCGAAGAGACGUUCAUGAAGCGUAACUCGAGCCACCGUCACGCUAUUCGUGUCAUCGCCGCCACGCACCACCACUACAACAGUGUCGAGGGUUUAACUAAUCAGCGUGGUACCCUUAAGCAUAAUGUUCUGAUGGGAUUAUUGUGCAUUUCCACCUUGUUACUUAUGAUCAGUGCCCUUGGUCGGUGUGUCGUGGUGUGGCAGGCGCGGUUAUCCCGUGACGCCAGUCCCGCUGCUCUGAUUACAUUCAUGUAUUUCUGCUGGGGGGUGUUUGAAGUGAUUAUCAACGUGCUUUACAUCUUGGGGCGGGUGGAUUUGCGGUUCUACCGUCCCGAUGUCUUGCCGGCCAAGGUGCGGGCGAUCAUCACCGCCGAGCAAUCGGUGUACAACUCCGACGACGAAGAAUCGGACCACGAAGUCGACGGGCCCGACUAUCCCCGACAAGGGGGCUACUACGCCCGCGAAAAGUCCCCCGUUCAUGGCGACUAUUACGACGAAGAGAAGGGCCACGGUGGCUACUACGGCGACGGCUCCGACAUCGACCUGUACACCAGCGAAGACAGUCGUCUUGAUUUCCAGGAUCAUGGCAAGCACGAUCCCUUCGACACCAGGUUCGAUUCGGACCUGGCGCGCUCGUUGGGUUCGGGGUCGUUGACGCUGCGGUCCCAUCUAGACAUUUCGGUGAUGGACGACAAACUGUACCUCAGUCGGUCGCCCCUGCCACCAUACCCUGCUGAUAGAAAGCAUCACCGUGACGACGAAAGUGAAUUUAAUUUCUAG